GUAGCGUUUACCCCUAAAGAUAAACUAAUAAAAGAGAAGGCAAUAGAAUCAAGCAGCAGCAGCAGCAGCAGCAGCAGCGAGGAUGAAGGAGACAGUGAUGACGACGGCAGCAGCAACAGCAGCAGCAGCAGCAGCAGCAGCAGCAGCAGCAGCUCAGAGGAGGAGACAGAAGAGGAGACAGAAGAAUCCAUGGGCCCAGCAAUAAAGAUGGUAAGGGAGCUGCAGCAAGCAGAUAAUGUGCUGCAGCAGCAACUGCAGCAGCAGCAGCUGCAGCUACUAGAUACAUCUACUAGGUGUAUAGACACCUCAGAGCCUCCUCCUCCUCGUCGUAUUGCUGCAGCAGCAGCAGCAGCAGCAGAAGCAGGAGAGGAGACAGAAGAGGAGAUAGAGAGGGAGACAGAUGAGGAGACAGAUGAGGAGACAGAAGAAGAAGAGGAAGAAGAGGAGGAAGAAGAAGAAGAGGAGGAAGAAGAAGAAGAGGAGGAAGAAGAAGGAGAAGAGGAAGAGGAAGAAGAAGAGGAGGAAGAGGAAGAAGAAAAGGAGACAGAUGAGGAGACAGCAGAGACAGCAGAGACAGCAGAGGAGACACCAGCAGAGGAAGAAGAGGAAGAAGAGGGAGAAAAGGAGACAAAAAAGAAUAAAAAAGGAGACAAUAAAAAAAAGAUACAGAAGGAUACAACAGGAGAUAUAUUGCUGCAGCAUAUAAACAGCAGCAGCAGCAGCAGCAGCAGCAGCAGAUUAACAUUAGCAGAUGUAGUGUAUGGACAAUUAGAUAAGGGAGGAAUAAUAAAAGGAGACAACGGAGACAGCAGCGACAGCAACAGCAACAGCAGCAGCAGCAGCAGCAGCAGCAGCAGCACCAGUAGUAAUUGUAACCUUUAUGGUAAUUUACCCGUAGCAGCAGCAGCAGCAGCAAAACUGUCUCCUUCUAUAGACUCAGGAGACAACCCAAUAAAGGAGACACUUGCUAUCUAUUCAGCUAUGGGGAUCGAUCCCGAUCCCAACGAUCCCAACGAUCCCAACAACCCCACACUUAAUAAUCUAUGGACUAAACAAUUCCUUAAGGCUAUUAAGGAACAGCAAGAGGAGACACAGGAGAAGGAAGAAGAGAAGAAAUAG